AUGGGGCGAAAAGAUCUAUCAACAGGCGAUAGAAACUCGAUCGUGCAGUUUGUUCUUGAAGACAGCCAAGGUGGAAAGCCAAAACGGGGCAGAAUUCAGGCUGCUGCUGUCAAGUUCGGCGUUUUCCGUCGGACGGUGACGCGACUAUGGACUGCUGCAAAAAAACAACAGAAUCAAGGUCAGCAUAUGCAUUCAAUCAGUGGCAAAAUCAACAAACUACGACGCAAGAGAGUUGAAAUAGAUCUUCAAUUAAUUUCAACAUUGGAGCUAAGCAAAAGAUCAACCAUUCAGAGGCUAGCAAGUGGAAUAAAUUGCAGCAAGAGCACAGUUGGGCGAUGGAUUAGCAAGGGUUUGAUCAGGGCUCAUACUAGUGCGAUAAAACCCGACUUAACAGCCCCUAACAAGUUGCUACGUCUAAAGUUUUCUCUUGAAGCAAUCGAGUAUGAUAGAAUACUCAAGGUGCUUCAAUUCAAGAGUAUGCACAACACGGUGCAUAUUGAUGAGAAAUGGUUUUACAUAACCAAAGCAAAUCACCGAUUUUAUUUGACACCCGGAGAGGCCGAACCACACAGGACUUGCAAGUCAAAGAAGUUCAUAACGAAAGUGAUGUUCAUGUGCGCUAUGUGUAGGCCCUUGAUUGCAGAAGAUGGGACUGUGCUUUUUGAUGGGAAAAUAGGCAUUUUCCCAUUUACAGAAUAUGUACCAGCCAAGAGAAAUAGCAAAAACAGGGAGGCAGGCACACACCAGCAUAUGUAA